AUGAUUCCAGGGCUACUCUUCAUUAGUCUAGCCACCUGCGACUCCGCUGAAGAGAUGGCUUCAGCGCCUACCGACCUUGUCGAAUCCAUCAUCAACUAUGCUUCAAAAACACAGCGUCUCGCCCCUGACGACCCCAUUGUCACUCUAUCCUCAGAUGCAGACAUCGAUAUCCUCGUUCCGCUCGCCACCUUCCUCCUGGAAUAUCCCGUCGCCUACGUCCCCAACCCCAAGCAUCAUCUAUUCCUUGGUCAGAUUCCUCUCGACGUCCACGAAGUCAUUCUCUUGGCUGGUCCCACCCUGCGCAGCUCCCGUAACGUCACGUCGCACCGUAUCCUGAAGUUCUCUGUGCCCUGCCACAUCGCCGCAGCGCACCCGCACUUAGCGCCAGCAACGUUGCAGCAGACCCUGCGAGAAGUCUAUAUGCAGCGAGUGCAGGAGGCAUUUGGCGCGGACUUUUCAGUCAGCACGUUGCACACAACGACGACAGAGGAUCGACUCGCGCUCUGA